ACGCGCACGUCCACGGAGCUGGCGCGCUGAGCAGUGGCGCCCAUCCUCUCCCUCAGUGCGACUCCUCCGAGGGAUCAGGAGUAGACUAAGUCAAACUUCCAGAGGCUUAAGAUUUGUGCGCAACCCUCGAAAAGGCUUGAAGUCCUCAAGUUUUGCAGUAAGACUUGAUCACGGGAGUGGCGCAAAAUGUUGGAGAAAAAGAUGAAAACAUGGGAUCACACACCAGCUUAGUCAAAAGGACUCAAACACACUAAGAAAACAGGGGUCUAAGGUGAUGCCAUGUGCCAGCAGCUGCAAUCUUCUUCUAAUCUUCUCAAAUCUGGAGACUUGAUGCCCAGAUGGUUUGCCCCUUCGUGUGUGGUCCAGUUCAACACUUCCUGACCAUUCCAUGGGCCACAAGACGACGCCAACAUCCACGGCCGCAGCUUGACUCAAACCCUCUGCGUUUUCUGCUCCUCCUUUUUUGCCCCUCACCCCUAACAUCAAUCUCUGCCCUCUUGCUCUCCUCCGCUUCAACUUCUGCUUCUGCUCUGACCUCACAUUUUGACAAUCCAAGUCCUCCCUGAGCCCAACAUGGUGUCCCACCUUCCCUCUUUAGUUUUUGUCAUGAUGUGUCAAGGCGCCCUGCUGGCAGACCCACCUCAGUCCCGCCGUGAGAUCCGCAUUGAGGGCGACCUGGUGCUCGGCGGCCUGUUUCCAGUGCACGAGAAAGGGGCUGGGAUGGAAGAGUGUGGGCGUGUGAAUGAAGACAGAGGGAUCCAGAGGCUGGAGGCCAUGCUGUUCGCCAUAGACAGAAUCAACAUGGACAGCGCUGUGCUGCCGGGCGUCUCCCUUGGGGUGCACAUUCUUGACACCUGCUCAAGAGAUACAUAUGCGCUAGAGCAGGCUCUGGAGUUUGUGAGAGCCUCCCUCACCAAGGUGGAUGACACAGAGUUCAUCUGUCCUGAUGGGUCUUACGCUCUGCAGGACGACAGCCCUCUUGCCAUUGCAGGGGUCAUCGGAGGAUCCUAUAGCAGUGUGUCCAUACAGGUUGCCAAUCUUCUCAGGCUCUUUCAGAUCCCUCAGAUAAGCUAUGCUUCAACGAGUGCCAAGCUCAGCGAUAAGACCCGAUAUGAUUACUUUGCCCGCACUGUACCGCCUGACUUCUACCAGGCCAAAGCCAUGGCAGAGAUCCUCCGGUUCUUUAACUGGACAUACGUGUCCACUGUGGCGUCAGAGGGAGAUUACGGUGAAACUGGUAUAGAGGCCUUCGAACAGGAAGCACGAAUGAGGAACAUCUGCAUUGCCACUUCAGAGAAGGUGGGACGUUCGAAUGCAAAGAAGUCUUACGAGGCUGUAAUCCGUCAACUCCUCCAGAAGCCAAAUGCCCACGUGGCCGUCCUUUUCCUGCGCAGUGAUGAUGCCAGAGAGCUGAUUGCAGCUGCCGCCAGGCUUAACACCUCUUUCAUUUUUGUGGCUAGUGAUGGCUGGGGCGCACAGGAGAGCAUUGUCAAGGGAAAUGAAAUAACUGCUGAAGGAGCUAUCACACUUGAACUGGCAGCAAACCCUAUACCAGAUUUCAACCGCUACUUCCUGAGUCUGGACCCUGUCAGAAACCACAGGAAUCCCUGGUUCAGGGACUUCUGGGAGCAGCGUUUCCAGUGCUCUUUGGGAGCUGGAGGCUUAGGCUUCGGGGGAACACCUCUUCCGCCGUGUGACAAAAACUUGUCGAUGGACCAGAGGUAUUUCGAGCCAGAGUCCAAGAUCAUGUUUGUGGUGAAUGCAGUGUAUGCCAUGGCCCAUGCCCUCCACAACAUGCAGCGGAGCCUGUGCUUGAACACCACCAAGCUGUGUGACAGCAUGAAGGCCCUGGAUGGGCGCAGACUCUACAGGGAUUACAUUCUUAAUGUCAGCUUCACAGCCCCUUUCUCCCCUCCAGGCAGUGAGACGGUAGUGAAGUUUGAUUCCCAGGGGGACGGCAUUGGCAGGUACAACAUCUUUAGCUACCAGCGUUCUGGCGAGCGUUACAGUUACGUGCCAGUAGGUGAGUGGGCAGAGAGUCUAAGUCUGAACAACGAUCUGAUUCGUUGGCCCAAAGAGGUGCUCCCAACCUCACAGUGCAGCGACCCCUGUGAACGAAACGAAAUGAAGAAAAUGCAGGCAGGUGAGUACUGCUGCUGGAUCUGUACGGCGUGUGAGCCUCAUGAAUACCUGGCUGAUGAGUUCACCUGCUCACCUUGCGCUCCUGGCCAGUGGCCAACUGAUGACCUCACAUCCUGUUACGAUCUUCCUGAGGACUACAUUAUGUGGGAAGAUGCUUGGGCCAUUGGUCCUAUUACCAUUGCAUGUGUUGGCUUUGUGUGCACUGGCUUGGUGGUUUGGGUGUUCGUCAGACAUAACAACACACCAUUGGUGAAAGCAUCAGGCAGAGAGCUCUGCUACAUUCUCCUCUCUGGAGUCUUUAUGUCCUAUGCCAUGACUUUCCUCUUUUUGGCCAAACCCUCUCCGGCCAUAUGUGCUCUGCGGCGCCUCGGCCUGGGCACGUCGUUUGCUGUGUGCUAUUCUGCACUGCUGACCAAAACCAACAGAAUCGCCAGAAUUUUCAAUGGCGUGAAAGAUGGAGCGGGCGCAGUGAGGCCGCGCUUCAUUAGCCCAUUCUCUCAAGUAUUUAUCUGCCUGAGUCUGAUCUCUGUCCAGCUAGUCAUGGUCUCUGUGUGGCUGCUGCUGGAGGUUCCUGGGACUCGCCGCUUUACGUUACCAGAACGACGACAGACUGUCAUCCUCAAGUGUAAUGUGCGAGACUCCAGCAUGCUGCUGUCACUGGGAUACGAUGUGCUCCUGGUCAUCUUGUGUACUGUGUAUGCCUUCAAGACCAGGAAGUGCCCUGAGAACUUCAAUGAGGCCAAGUUUAUUGGAUUCACCAUGUAUACGACUUGUAUAAUUUGGCUGGCUUUUCUUCCCAUCUUCUAUGUCACAUCCAGUGACUACAGGGUUCAAACCACUACCAUGUGUAUCUCUGUCAGUCUAAGUGGCUUUGUAGUCCUGGGUUGUAUGUUUGCACCCAAGGUCCACAUCAUCAUGUUUCAGCCCCAGAAGAAUGUGACCAGCCACCGUCUCAACCUCAAUCGCUUCAGUGUCAGCGGGGCUGCCACUACAUACGCAUCUCAUGCUUCUGUCAGCGCCCACUUCGUCCCAACAGUGUGCAAUGGGAGAGAAAUAGUUGACUCGACCACUUCCUCUCUGUGACAGCAUCCAGUCCGCUCUCUAAACCCGCCCCUGCGACUGUUAGCCAAAUAACGAACAUUUUUCACCCCAGCUCUGUUUUACCCCCCUUUUACACACAAACACUCUUUUACACACACACACACAAACACACUUACUGAAUACAAGCAAACGCCUUCCUUGUGGACUAGAACUGUAUUGUUUCACAAAUGUAGAAAGUGUGUAACUAUAAUUAAAUUAUUUUCUAGGGAUGUAUAUACAUGGAAUCAACAUUGUUGUACGUAGAGAAACAAAAGAACAAAAAAAAUGUUUUUAGGAGGAAUUUUUUGGAACCUUUGUUUUUGAUAGCUUUGUUUCAAUGUAAAUGGACAUGAGCUUAAACAUGGUAGAGGGGCUGAGUCCUUCCAUCUGGAUGCACAUUUGUGGCUCUGCUUGCCUCACUGCAAUACCCACAGACUUUUGAUUCUCAUGCUUUUUUUGUAGUACAUCAUUGUAAUAACUAACUGUGUAUGCAUUUCAAAUGUGGAUCUGUACAUUUGUAUAUUAUACUACUGACGGUUCAAACAGCACAAUGUUAAAGGUCUUGUGACACCAGAAUGAAUGUGGGAAAAAAAAGCUAAAACUGGACAAACUAGAACAGCCAGAAAAGAAAUUGAAAGGGAAAGGAAGGAACAAAAGAGACAUUCAUUAAAUUUAGUGAUAUAUUUCUGUUUGAGAAUAUAUCAUUUUGCAUCUUGAUAGAUGUUUGUGGUAUUCUGGAUCUUUGUAAAAUCCUUCUGUGGCUGUUUUGGCAGAAAAACAUGUUUUGCUUUUGAUACAAAUGUUCCUAUUUUCUAAUUAUGGGAUCCCUUUAUCUAAAUGGCCAUAAUUCCAGACGUGUGUUCAGCAAAGCAUCGCUUUUUCACUCCCACUCCUAAAAUGCUGUGUCUUUUAAAGAUUGCUGUGAUGUAUUACUAAUAAUAAUGAAUAGCUGCACUGAAAAGACAGUACUGCUAAUGCUUUAUGUAAGCCCCAAAGAACAAAAAUAAAUCAGUUUUUCACCCAGUAAUUGAAGUGCCUUGCAAAAGAAUUCAGAUCCCAUGAACCUUUUCACAUUUUGUCCUGUUACAACCACAGACUUCAGUGUAUUUUAGUGGGACUUUAUGGGAUAGAGCAACAGAAAGUUGUGAAGUAAAAAGAAAUUAUGCUAGGUUCUAGCAUUUUACAAGUAAAAAUCCUUUAAGAAGUGUUGCAUGCAUUUUCUGCUGAGUACUUGUAGAUCUACGUUUAGUUGUAGUUACGGCUGCAUCAAUCAAAUUCUUUGGGGUAUAUCUUUACCAGCUUUGCUCAUUUGGAAACUAAAAUUGUUGCUCUUUACGCUUUGCAAUGCAGCUCAAAUUCAGUCAGACUGAAUGGGUAUCAUCAGUAAACUGCAAUUGUCAAGCUUUCUGACUGCCAUUGAAGCUCUAGCUAUACGUUUAGUGUUGCUGUCUGCUUAAGGAUGAAGCUCAAGCUAAGUCUGAAGUGUUUUGAAGCCUCUAACAAGUUUUUAUUCAAGAUCCCCCUGAAAUCACCUGUAUUCAUUGUCUCAUUAAAUUGACUAGCUUUCCCCAACAGUGCUUACUUCUUGCCUAUAUUCCAUAAGAGCUGGAUCUGGGCUGGAUAAGUAACAACAGUUUUCUCCUCAAAAGAUUCUCAGACCCGAGCAACAGAUAUCUGGAGCUCUACUAAUAACUUUUUUAAAAAGGGCUAAAGUUACUAAUUACAGCACUGAAUUUUCACUGGCAGCAUUUUAAAAUAAUGCCACACUUUUCAGAUUUAACAGAUGUAACAAUAAGUGAGCACUGCCCCGUUACAAAGCAAACCAGAUGGAGAUCUAGCAUGUUUGGUCAGCUGGUUUUACCACUGUGUGUGUUGCACAAUGGCUGCUGGACAAGACAGGUGUUUUGUUGUUGACAUACCCCCAGAAACGGUUCAUCCUUGAUGGUUGCGCUGGAGGCUCCGCUUCUUCUGCUUUUAGUCUGAUUGGGGGUCAAAGAUGUACGAUUGCGCAUCUGCUUUCAGCCAUUUUCAUGUGUAUAAAGUGUGAGUGUAAACAUUGUACUGAGGAGUGCAACCAGCAGCACCUUAUUUGUAUUUAAAGUGAGAGGAAACCCUAAAACACCUGUGAAAGCAGUUCAAAAUAGACAGACAAACUCUCAUUAUCUGAGAAUGAUUUUGUGUAAUGAACAUGUUUUGUAAAGCCCAUUGGUCUAUCCUAACUUGUUCAAUAAAGCAAAGUAUGUCCACUUUAAAACCUUUUGAAAACUUCAUAUCUUUAUACUUCUAUUUUAUAAUAACAUAUUUUUAUGUUGCUCUAUUACAUAAAAUCCCAAUAAGAUAUAUUAUGCUUGUAAAGUCACAAGAAUACUUUUGCAAACCACUGUAUGAACAUCACGUUCUUAAUUUGCAAAAAAUAUAAAUAUAGGAAAAGGGUGUAUUUUGCUGAACACACAUUGAAUUUUUCCACCUAUAGGGGAAUAGUAGCUUAAGAUUCAUACCCCAUAGAUACCGUCUGUGGUGAUAUUUUUAAUAUGGCUAUGUGCCUUAAUGUGUGUUUGAUAGAUUGAUGUUGUUAGAGAUCAGUUUUACACUACCAGCUCCAAGUCUUUGUUUGGUAAAUGUAAAAAAAUUAAAUUAAAUUAAAAAAAAGUGGCCUCAGUAUGAAGACCAUGCCACUCAGGCAACAACUUUGUUUUAUGUGAAGCCCAGUGCCAUUGAUUGUUUACCUAAUGUAAUGGACCAGUAACUUCGACAAAUCACAAACUUAAACUGGCUUUCUCCCGUCUGACGAAAAGAAAAACAGGAAUAUUCUAGCAAUUUAUAUUCACUUCCAAUUCCCCCUGCUUCUAACACAGUAGUUUCAGGUAAGGAAAGCGAGGUGAGGGGUAGACAGAUAGGCUACAUCAUUAGGAGGAAUUCAGUGAGUAUUUGACUUGUUGAAGUGUGCAGUUUACAAGCUUGUGUUAAAAUGUGUUUACGUUGGGAAGCACAGUGGAGCAGCUGGCUUUGGCAGUCCCACAGAGGCUCAGGAGAGGAAACAGAGCACAUUCUGUCAGCUGCUGACUGAUCGCUGCUAACAAAAGAUGUUAAGAGUAGAACAGAUAUCCAUAACAUAACAUAAAGAAGAUGAGGUCAUUCGUGCAGAUGCAAAUGUGGCAAGAAAGACUGCAGCCUCUCUGUUGGCUAUUAAUAAGAUUGUUGAAUAAAUUCAAUCAAAAAUAUGUAUUAGGUUCUUAGGAGGAAACUUAAAUAGCUGAAGAUAGUGGAGUAAUUUAUUAAAAUUUUAUUUCAGUCGUUUGAUUUUCCUGAAAAUAUUUGUUGAAUUUAGAGAUAGUAGUAAUUUAUUAACUGAUCUUAAAUGUUUACAUAUAAUAUGCUAUCUAAAAUAAAGUGUGACUGUUACAUUUGAUGUUUUCAACAGAAUGUGAUCAGAAUCACUUUUUAAAAGCUGUUUUGUCAACAACAACAACAAAAAAAACAUACAAUGUAGAUGUGGGGAGAACUUUUACAGAUUCCAUCUUUGACUGGUCAGCAUGUUUGCACUGCCUCCCAUGACUACUACACUGAAUGAUAAAUGGAAAGAAAUUUCAAAGGAUGUGUCAGGAGGAGGCGACCUACAUUGGGGUGUGUUUGUUAGGUGCAGAGUGCAGUGGGAGAGAGCGAUGUGGCAGAGGAGAGGGAUGCUGCUGCUGCCGCUGCUGGAUUAUGUAAAGCCCUCCCACAGCCCAGAAGUCAGCAGCGCCUCUAUGGAAGCUCAAAGCAUCUCAGAGAUUCACAGUGUUUGUUAGAAGAAGGUUUAGCCAUUCACUCUGUGGUCCUGCUCUCACAAGAUACACACCACUUGAGAGGUUGUUAUGGACAACCACAACCAACACAUUCAAUGCUGGAAUGUCUUAGUUGUCAGCAGGGCUGGGAGAAAGGGUGAUGAGUGGCUGAGUAAAGAGGAACAAAAGGAAGAGAGAUAUCUAAAAACAAAAUGGGUCGAUGGUUCUGAUCCAAGUUGGCAGAGUCCAAUAAGAUCGGGCUAAGUAAGGCCCUGUACUCACGGCUUUUUAAUGGGCACACAAACAGAGCACUUAACCCUGAUUCUCCACUCAUUUAGUCCAGAGACCAGUCCAAGACAACAGUCUCACACUCUUCUCUGACCCUUUCGCUCACAGUCCAACUCACCCUUUAACCUUUCCCUCACCACUUUUUGUGCAGCCAGGUCGCCGCUCCGUGUGUGAAACUUGUGACUGAUUCGGUCUCAGCCAAGACCACCAGAGCCAGAGCGACAGACUGGUGGCUCACACUUGAACUGGAGCGCUCUCCUGAAGCACAUAUCAUGGAGGCUGCUUCGACGAGAUUAGAAAAGCGAUACAGGAAUGUCAGACAAAAGGAUCUGAGAAAUGAAUGUUGGGAAGUUAAAUUGAAAACUCAGAUGUAAAGAAAUAGCAUUGCUUCAAUACUCAUUACCUUGCGGAAAUGAUCAUUUCAUCUCCCCAAUAAAUUAAUCUGGAGACUUCUUUAAUUGGUUUUCCUCAUGAAUAUCCUUUUCAAGCAGCCAUCUAUUAAGGACACUGUUCCUCUAUUCAGAUCUUGCCAACUGUCAUGUGCUUUUACAAAGGUCUCCAUGCUGUAGUCCCCUUCUAUAUAACAGAAUGUGUCCCUGGCCUCUGGGCUUUGAAACAAGAAGGGAUCUCAGGAGACAAAAUGAAGCGGAUGCCGAUCUGAACUCUGAAACUGGCUGGUCACAAAGCAAUAGAUCCUGCGUUUAUGAAAUGUGCAAUAAAGAGGCUGUGAUGACAUCAUAAUAAAUACCAUGAAGCAAACA